UUUGCCGAUGCAUGGAACACGUUUGAUGCCUUAAUUGUUGUUGGUAGCAUCGUUGACAUUGCAAUCACGGAGAUCAAUCAAACAGAAGCUGCUGUAUUUGCAGUAUAGACAGGGAACACUGAAGGCAGUGCAAGAAUUUCCAUCACAUUCUUUCGUCUGUUUCGUGUGAUGCGCUUAGUGAAGUUGUUGAGCAGAGGAGAGGGCAUUCGCACGCUCCUGUGGACCUUCAUCAAAUCAUUUCAGGCUCUUCCAUAUGUGGCUCUGCUGAUUGCCAUGCUAUUCUUCAUCUAUGGUGUCAUUGGAAUGCAGGUGUUCGGGAAGAUUGCCAUGGUGGAUGGAACCAGUAUUAAUCGUAACAAUAAUUUCCAGACCUUUCCUCAAGCUGUGCUCCUGCUAUUCAGAUGUGCGACGGGUGAGGCAUGGCAGCAGAUCAUGUUGGCAUGUUUGCCGGGCAAACAGUGUGACUCUGAGUCCGACUAUAACCCUGGAGAGGAGAAAACCUGUGGCAGCAACUUUGCUAUCCUCUACUUCAUCAGCUUCUACAUGCUCUGUGCUUUUCUGAUCAUUAAUCUGUUUGUCGCUGUCAUCAUGGACAACUUUGACUACCUGACGCGUGAUUGGUCAAUUCUUGGACCUCAUCACUUAGAUGAAUUUAAGAGGAUCUGGUCGGAAUAUGAUCCUGAGGCCAAGUAUAUAUCCAAAAGAUGCAGUACUUCUAGAUCACCCUGUGUGUGUUUUGUUUGACAGUGAGUAUUGUGUGUGUAUCAGGGGCCGUAUAAAACACUUAGAUGUGGUGACAUUACUGCGCAGGAUUCAACCACCUCUGGGCUUUGGCAAGCUGUG